AUGGAGACGAAAAAGACGGAUUUUGUCCCAAACGCCUUUUUAGCUGACAGAUGGGGGAGUGAUCUUACUUCUUGUACAAGUAGUAAAGCGGAAGAGGAUAGUGAAUCAAAGAAGGCAAAUGUCGGUAGAAUAGCGAAUGAAUUCGCAGAAAACACGUCCAUGCACGGGAUGGCGAAUGCUGUCAACAUUCACAAACGAUUCAACGGGCUCCUCUGGAAGAACGUAUUUUGGUUUUUACUCAUUCUCUGCGGGAUAGUGAUGUCGAUCAUGAACCUGGUCAAAAUCGCUGAGGAUUUCAGGUCAUCUCCAGUGACGACGGAGGUAAAGAUGGAAUACCAACCCAAGAUCGAAUUCCCGUCUGUGACAAUUUGCAAUAUGAACAAGUGGAGAAAUUCACAAUUCGCGACGUUCAACUUGUCCAUCUUCGUACCACCCCCGCGACUUAGCUUAGUCCUGUCGGAGAUGGAGACUAGUUUCGGAGAUUUCCAUCUCCUCUUAUAUGUAACAGAAAAGUGUCGAAAAGGCGUUAAAUCCAUACUAUUACCAAGUUUAUUACUUAUUCAGGCCAACGCCACUAAAGAUGAAAAGGAGCUGUACUAUCUGCUGAGCGCUAUGAGAGUACCCGACAGUCAGAAGAUCCAGUGGGGUCACCAACUAUCGGACAUGCUUCUCGAAUGUACAUUUGAUGCGGUGAGUAUACACUUUAUUGUUGUGUUGAUGGUGGUUUUGUUUUAUAUUCUAGUAAGAGAAUCACGGCACUUGCUAAAGACCACUAGCCGGCCCGGUCCAGCUAACGGGCUGACUGUGGUGAUGGACAUUCAGCAGGACGAGUACAUGGAUGCUGUGGACACGGGCGGUUUGCGGGUGGUCAUCGGAGAGAGGGAUGAGAUGCCUUUCCCGGAGGACGAAGCAGUUGAUGUGGCUCCGGGCUUUGCCACCAGUAUAGCGCUCACAAAGGUGGAAAUCCGUCGUCAGUCACCCCCUUACGGCCCAUGUUUGGAGAUGUCGAAAGAAAAAAACAGAGAACUGAAUUUGUACGCCGCCACCUACAGAUACACGGACAACACAUGUAAGAAGACGUGUCUGCAGGCCACGACUAUGACAGAAUGCAAAUGCUGUGCCGCAGGAUACCCCUGCAACCCUUACGGUGUGGAGAAAGUGAUGAACUACACUCUACCAGUAGGAGGCAACCUCACCUACUGCGACCUCUAUAACGACAAUCAGACCAACUGCUUCUUGCACGUGGAUGCUAGACAGACGUCCGGCAAUCUUGGGUGUGAGCAUUUCUGCCCGCCAGCUUGUUUCGAAACGAAGUUCAAAAAGACGAUCUCGUUCGGGUCGUGGCCGAGUUUGGCCGUGCAGAAGGAGUACAGUGGAAGGCUCAACUACUCCAGGUUUCAAUCGGCGUAUUCUUCCGUGGAAGAGUACCAGAUCCUACGCCAAAACCUGCUCAAGCUGCACGUGUUCUACGAGCAGCUCAACUUUGAGAAGAUCGUCACCACGCCCAAGUACGACUGGAGCAUCCUGCUCUCAAACAUCGGAGGCCAGUUAGGGUUAUGGCUGGGCUUCUCGCUUCUCACGGCAUUCGAAGUGAUAGAGCUGCUUCUGGACAUGUUCCUUAACGGAGCCUUCAGGAUGGCCUGUUGUAAGUCAGCCUCCGCAAGGGGAAAGGUGGCCUCUGGGGGCCAGUAGACGGACUUCCCCCACACACUCACUCCAAGAUUCAAUCUCU